AUGGCUCCCAAGAGCUUUCAGAUCAUUCGCGAUCUUCGGAUGUACGCUGCCUCUGCGACUGAGCCCCGCAAGUCGUUCAGGCUCAACGAGGCACAGAAAGCGUGCAUGGACGACAUGGUCGCCAGAGCCAAGUCGAAGGCAACCGAGGAACUCGAUGCUCCAACCGCCAAGAACUUCGUCUUCAACAACAUCCUUGUUGCCAGGGUGAAGCUGAACAGCGCCUCAAAAGCCAACGGUUCUGUAGAAGAUCCUGAGAGCACACGCAAGAGAUCGGUGCCUGAGAGCGAGGAAAGCGCACUUUGUAGAAAACUCACCUGUACUCGACACGAUAUUCAUGUAUUCUAA